AUGUUUGGUAAAGAAGCAGCUGAACAAAUUUCAAACAUACAGCUGUCAAAUGAUACUGUUCGUCGAAGAAUAAUAACAAUGUCGGAGGAUAUUGUAAAAAAUGUAAAUGAGAUAUUACAAAAAGAUAAAGAAUUCGCAUUACAACUUGAUGAAAGUACCGAUGUUUCUGGUAAAUCGCAAUUAAUUUCUUUCAUACGAUUUGUCAAUGAGGAAAAAAUAAUUGAACAAUUUUUAUUAUGCCGUGAAUUGCAAACUACAACAACUGGAGUUGAUAUUUUCAAUGCUGUUGAUAAUUAUUUCGAAGAAAAUAAUAUGGUAUGGUCGAACUGCAUUUCAAUUUGCACAGAUGGUGCAGCGGCGAUGACUGGCCGAUUUAAAGGAUUUCUGACUCUCACGAAAAAUAAAAAACCUAAUUUAAUAACAAUUCACUGUUUUUUACACCGUGAAGCUCUUAUGGUAAAAAUUUCGGAUGGGGGAGAAUUAAGUGAUGUUCUCAAAACUGUCAUUGAAAUGAUUAACUAUAUUAAAAAACGACCAGUAAAAUGUAGAAUAUUUGAAGAAUUAUGUAAAAAUAUCGGGAUGAGUAAAUCUGAAGCAAGCAAGACAUUUAGGGUACCUCGUAUUACUUUGAGAAACAAAAUUGAAGGCAAGUCACCGACAGAAUCAAUUGGGCAUGGUGGAGCGUCAUCUAUGGUGGUGAUACAGAAACUUCACAAUCUGAUGAAUCAAUAG